AUGGCAUCUGAUUUGAGAUUCUAUAACGAAGAUGGCCAAGGACACAUCUACGAUGAAGAUGGAAGAGAGGCUAUGGCAGUUGAUGAGAUUCCUUCAUUUCGCCUUACAAAGCUGAAGAUCCUUCAAAAUUUCAUAAAACAUACAGAGGUUGAUAUGUCUGGUCUUUCCGAAGGCUAUGACACCACCAUGAAGGAUGCACCAAAGAAGAAAGAUAGAGCUGCGGAGUAUACGAAAUAUACUCCUUAUCAACGAGAGGCUUACAUACAUUACGCUUUCGAGAAAGGCUUGACUCAUGAUGAAUCUUGCAGACUUGCAAAUGUCAACAAGUACACAGCUCGAAAAUGGAGGGCUGAAUACAAGUCCAACCCUGAUGCUGGUGUUCCUGAAAAGAAGACAAACAAGACAGGAAAGCAGCGUAUAUCGCAGCUAAACGAGCAACAUAAAGACAUCUUGAUACGCUUCUAUGACGAAAAGCCUAUAGCAACUAUUCAGGAUGGCGUGGAGGCACUCACCAAUAGCUUUGAAGGAUUGACAAUUAAGAAGACGCGAGUUGCUGAAUUCAUGAAGAAUGAAUGUAACCUUAGCUUGAAGAGUAUCGCUCGCAAUCCAGUUCAACAAAACAGUACCAAGACUGUCGAGGCUAGGGCAGCUUGGGUUGCUGAAUGGGUUGCAAAGGGAAUCGACUACCACAACAAUUGUAUGUUUGUUGAUGAAUCUUGCUUCAACGUCAACAUGACUCGAGGCAGAGCCUGGUCAAAGAAAGGAGAGCCAGCUAUUGAAGAAACGCCAUCUACAAAAGCAGUAUCAAAGACUGCUCUCGGCGCUGUAUCGUCUGCUGGCGUUGUCAAUGUAAGUAUCAGAGAAGCUGGCAAUGUGAAGAGAAAAGUAGCUGGUGCUACGAAAAGAAAGGCUCCAGAAGAUUGGCUCAACUUGCCCAAGGGUACUACUGGCAACCAUUUCAUGCAGUCUGCUGUGGAUACGGUGGAUAUUAUGGAUCAGUUUCCAGAAAUGAGGGGCUAUCACAUUGUCACGGAUAACGCUCCUAUCCACGUCCAUAACAUUGUUGAUCCCAUUAUAAUCCGUCGUGAAUAUAUACCUGUGUAUCUUCCGCCUUACUCACCCGAACUAAAUUCAAUUGAGCAACUUUGGAAGGAUCUUAAGGACUAUGUUAAGAGAGAUAAACUUGAAGAUAAUGAGACUCUUACUUCGCGAAUGAUGGAUGCUUGUGAGAAGGUAACGCUUCAGAACAUACGAAACUACAUUCAGCAUUCCAUAAAUAUUUUACCCAAGUGUUUGAAUAAAGAGCCUAUCUAA